UAUUUCAUAGCUAGUUUUUGUUUUAAUUUUUUUUAUUGAGGGUUUAUUCUUAUAUGUGUUUUUUAUAUAAAUAAAUGUAAGCAUUGCAUGUUUUAGUUAGAAUAUGUGCUAAUGAUUUUUUCUUUAUGAGUUUCUUUUUUUGAAGUGAAUAUGUAUUCAUGUUUUUAUGAAUAUUGUGUGUAUUUUGUUUUUUUAUUUUUUUUGUGUUUUUUUUUUUCAAAGAAUAAAAUAAUUACGUUUAAAUACUCUUAUGAUUUAUUUUUUUUAAAACAAAUGGUUAAUCAUUCUGAUUUAGUUUAUAAAUAAAAAAUCCACUUAAUUUAUUUUGCAAGUCUGAUUUUCUUUUAGUUUGUAGUAAUUACAAUAAUUUUGAUUUAUUUUUUAGUUGACUUGAUUUAUCUUGAACAUUAUUUUGUAGCAAAAAAAUUGUUUAGCAAUAAAGGAAACUUAGUUUUGGGGAGCAAAUUUUACUAAAAUUAGAUUUAAUUGAUGUGUCAUAAUUAUAUUGGUUAAAAAUCUCAAAUUAAUGCUAUACUCUAAUUACUUGAAAUACAUUAAAUAUUAGUGGAUACUCUUUCUAUCUUAGAAAAGCUAAUUAGAUAUCAAAUUGAUUUUUUGUAUUAAAAAAAAGGAUUUUAUGAUUUUAAGACAUUCCUAUUUUGUUCACAUAAAACAUUAUAUAUAAAUGUAAUACACUAACACUACAACACAAAUUAAGCCUAACAACUUAGAAACCUGAAAAACAUUUUACAUUUAUAAAUAUAAUAUAUAUUUUGAAAGCUAAAUAAAAUGGGUUCAACAUUAGUUGGUCACUUCACAUUAUUCUUAAUUUCAUGGUUAGUGAUAAUCACCAAAGUCCAAUCUGAUAAUAAAGUUUUCAAUGUGAUCAAUUUUGGUGCUGUUGCUGAUGGAAAAACUGAUAAUAGCAAGGCAUUUGUUGAUGUAUGGAAGCAAGCUUGUGCAUAUAGUGGAAGAGGUGUUGUUUUGAUCCCAAAAGGGACAUACUAUGCAAGCUCUAUGGUGUUCAAUGGACCAUGCAAGGGUCAAACCCUUUUCUCCAUUGAAGGAAUUCUUAAGGCUCCAAUUGAUAAAAAAGAAUGGGUUGGUCUUGAAAGUUGGAUUAGUUUUAGAUAUAUUGUUCACUUGGAGAUUAGUGGAGGAGGCUCUUUUGAUGGCCAAGGAUCUUAUGCUUGGCCCUACAAUGAUUGUCAAACUAACCCACAUUGCAUCCAACUUCCUACUUCCAUAGGGCUUGAAUUUGUGAAUCAAUCAUUAAUGAAGGACAUAAAAUUAAUCAACAGCAAAAGCUUUAACAUGAAAGUGUUUGGGUGCCAAGACACAACUUUUGAAAACAUUAAAAUCAGAGCUCCAGCCACAAGCCCCAACACUGAUGGAAUCCACAUUGGUUCAUCCACUGGAAUCAAAAUCUUCAGCUCUAACAUAGCCACCGGGGACGACUGUGUCUCAAUCGGGCCGGGGACAGACAACCUACUCGUGAGUGGGUUGACAUGUGGCCCCGGCCACGGAGUUAGUAUCGGAAGCCUUGGGAAAUAUCCCAAUGAAGCUGAUGUUACAAAUUUGGUGAUACAAAAUUGUAACAUAAGUGGUACUUCUAAUGGAGUGAGGAUCAAAACUUGGGCUCCUUCUCCUCCAAGCAAUGUUUAUAAUGUUACAUUUGAGAAUAUUGGCAUGAAUAAUGUGGAUAAUCCAAUUAUUAUUGACCAACAAUACUGUCCAUUUGAAACCAAAAAAUGUGGUAAUGGAGCUUCAUCUCAAGUUCAAAUAAGGAAAGUAAAGUUCAAUAAUAUUUAUGGGACAUCAAAGGGAAAAGUUGCAGUGGAAUUGAAAUGCAGCCCAAGUAAACCUUGUGUUGAGUUAAGUUUAAAAAACAUAAAUCUGAAUUUUCCUGGGGGUGCUACUUCAUCUUGUUCAAAUGCACAUGGAACUGCUACAGGUCAUGAACAACCUCCCCCUUGUAUUAAUUAGAUCGAUCUUAUAUAAUUACUUCAUAGAAUCAUUUCAUUUUUGUUAAUUUAAUAAUUAUGUAUACAAAUCUCUGGGCUACUUUCUUAGUGCCAUCGACCCUUUGUUUCAUCAUGUAUACCUUAUAAUUAUAUAAUACAAAUAAAACCUUUUUUUUAACUAAUAUGAACUCUUCUUUUUUAUAAAUUUCAAUCAUACUCGUAUAGCAUUGAUUUAAUUACCAAAACCUUAUGGG